AUGUUGAAGUCUGCUGUGUUUGAAACUGAGUGCUCCGGCCGCGGAUGUACAUUUAACGGAUGUGAAUCGAGCCGAAGAAGUUCAUGUGAUGGGAAAAUGCUUUCGUCCUUGCGUCAGAUUGAAACCAGCGUCAAACAACUGACAGGAAAAGAUAGGAACAAAGGAAUUUGUAAGAACGGAUGGAAGCGAUUCAAAGGGCACUGCUACAGAGAGUUUCUUCAUAAACUAGACUGGUUUGGAGCUCAAAUGUUCUGUAGAUUGCAAAAGGCUAACCUGGCAGGGAUAGAGAAUAAAGAAGAAAAUGAGUGGCUACAAAAUACUUUCUCAAAAGAAAAGUUAUGGUUGGAUUUAAACGACCUGUCUGUAGAAGGAAGAUGGCGCUGGUUUUCAACAGGAAAGCCAGUUACCUACACAAACUGGAUGCCAAGACAACCUGACAGUUCUCAUGAGGAUUGCGGACAGAUGAAUUAUCCAGGUUACAAAAAAGGUCAAUGGAAUGAUAAAGAGUGUGAUGCUAAGCUUCGCUUUAUUUGUGAAUCGUCUGACAACCCUUGGAAUGAAUAGAGAAAGAGGAAGAAAGUGCAUAUAAAUUCUAUCAAUAAUAAUCUUUAUUGAUGCUGCUUUUGUGAAAACUAUAGUUAACUUGAAGCUAC